AUGGCCCCCAAGCCUCAGCACUUCGGAAAGUACGAGGACGAAGAUGAGGAGACGGAUUUGCUGAGGGGGAGGUGGCCCCGAAAUCGCCCAACACCUGGCAGGGACAUUGAAGAUGAGCUCUUGCCUUUUGGGAUCAAGGCGGACUGUCGGACCAUGUCCGCGGCAGUCGUUUGUGUCCUUGUGGUGGGCAUGGUUCUCAUCAAGGUGACCAUGUUCCCUGGCAGCGCCGAGUACGUGCGUCCAGCGGAGACUUCGCGCCCUCCCAUCAGGACGACCGAAAACCUUGCACUGGUGGACAGCCUGCCACCUUCUCUGCGCGGUCCAUCAUCCGCGGGGCCGAAGAUCGAUGCAGGAAAGACAGUGACUACGCUGGGCCCUGCGCAAGUAGGCACGGGCUUGAACGGCAAUGGAGAUGCACCUGCUGGCCAAGCUGAUCACCCUGCAGGCACUAGCACACACAGUGAUGCAUCGGACGGACAUGACGCAUCGGACGGGGAUGGUGAUGCAGCGGACGGGGGUGGUGAUGCAUCGAACGGACCAGAUGGUCAGAAGCAGGGGGACGACGAUUCAGCAGACGGCCCGGGAGACGAAGCAUCGACAACAGCAGGCGAUGAGCCAGUGGCUGGUCAGCAAAACGGAGAUGCAGACGACGGCUCAGGCGACGAAGCAUCGACAACAGCAGGCAAUGAGCCCGUGGCUGCUGCAGAAGACGGCUCAGGCGACGAAGCAUCGACAACAGUAGGCAGUGAGCCAGUGGCUGGUCAGCAAAACGGGAAUGCAGAAGACGGCUCAGGCGACGAAGCAUCGACGACAGCGGGCAAUGAGCCUGUGGCUGGUCAGCAAAACGGAGAUGCAGACGGCGGCUCAGGCGACGAAGCAUCGACAACAGUAGGCAAUGAGCCAGUGGCUGGUCAGCAAAACGGGAAUGCAGAAGACGGCUCAGGCGACGAAGCAUCGACGACAGCGGGCAAUGAGCCUGUGGCUGAAGACGGCUCAGGCGACGAAGCAUCGACAACAGUCGGAAAUGAGCCAGUGGCUGGCCAGCAGGGAGGCACUCCGCACGGCCCAGGUGAGGAAACGUCGACCACAGCAGGCGACCAGCCAACCACUGGAACAUUUCCGGAUACCUCAAGCAGUCCAAAUUUGGAGCCAGAGACAACUGCACCGGCAGCUGGUCUUCCGGGAGCAGGUGCCACAGGACGCGAGGCAUCCACAACAGAAUUGGACCAGAAUGUGACCAGUCAGGCCCCUCUUGACGACCCAUUCACCGCAGCAGCAGACCAGCACACGACAAGCCGGCAGGCCUUGGCUGAGGCCAAGGGCGAGCCGCCUAAUCCACCUACGACAUCAAAAGGCGCAGAGGUUGCGAGCGAGGAAGGAGCCGUGCUGUCCACGACAGUGAGCUCAGUAGAGCAGACGACUAGCUUCCAGGAAGCGACUGAGGCGCCAGACGAGCUCUCCACGGCAGCACCGGACCAAACGACUGGCCAGCAGAACCCUCUUGAGCCUCUUGAGGCAGGGUACAAGCUGUCCACAGCAGCUGAAGAGACGACCGGCCAGCAGCUUUCUGUUGAAGCAGGAGACGGAGACGUGUUGUCUACUACAGCGGCCCAGAUCCAGCCCGGACCGUCCACCUCGAGUGCGGGAGGGGUUCUGGUGACAACGUCAUGGGACGAUCAGGGAGCCGGCCAAGGAGAUGCUUCCAGUUCCACGUCAGAGUUAGAGCAGACAACUGGCAAGGCAGAUUCCUCAACAAACAAAGAUGCAGAUGGCCCAGGCGAUGGGCCGAGCAGCUCACCAGCCCUUGAAGGAGCCAAAGAAACGACAUCCGCUCCAGGGACGGCCACAACGGGCGACUUCGGCGAGAGCACAGGGACCACGACCCGGCCGGAUGAUCCAGGCAGGGCCGGAGAGUAG